UCAUGAUUUAUACUGGCUGGAGCCGGAGGGGGAGGGGGGGGGGGCUCUGGAUGUAAAGAUUCACACAAUCCAAGACCACAUACUCCAUGUGACGUCCGUCUCCAAGGGUAAUGUCUUCUUCGCUCGCUUGAAUAGUCCCCCCCCCGCCGCACAUCAGCGUCCCUCUAAGUUUGACUUCAGAGCGUGAGUCACUCCCCAAGUAAUAACUUUGAGCCUUGCCGAAUGAGAGGAAAUUAAUUCUCGCAUCACAUUUCACAGCAUGAUGAAUGCACAUGCUUGGCUUGAAGAUGACUUCGUAAGACUUCGGUUUAGUUCGGCGGGCGAUCAAAAUGUUUCCUGCACACAAGGCAGGAGGAGGAGUCCUGCGAAUCCUCUCAACCCAUCAGCGUGGCGCCUUAUGCCCGAUUCGCCAAGCACCGGCGACCAAGAUUCGAACCAAGACCGAGAUGCAGAGGAAAACUCAAAGGUGGAAGGGCGAGAAGCAGGAGGGCCAGGGGGCGCGUCGCAGCUCCUCCGCACCGCCGCCGUCAGGUGCGACGAGGCCACGCACACGCCGACAGGACCACGCGUUGCCCCCCAGCUGCCACCCCCCCCCCCCCCCCUCUUCCUCACUCACUCACUCCAUCAUCUGCAUUCGACACAUGCUCCAGCGUUUCUGGGACAGGCAUUCCCAGAAAGGCAGCUUCUCAUCAUCGCUGUGGACCAAGUGAAUUUCCAUCCCUCAGGAUAUCAUCGACACGGCAGCGACGAUUUCAGCUAUGCCUUGAAAUGUCGCGGGCAUACCAGAGCCAAUCCCAGCUGUCUUCGGGCAGUCGGCGGGGGACCCCCUGAACUGAAAGAAGAAAUACCUAAAAGGUCUGAUUGGUGAGAAUUACUCAUUGGUAUUCACGCGGCUCGCACAAAUCUCCGCCGCACAAGAGGAAUGAUGGAAUGAUCCUCGGGAAUAUUCCAAAAAUCGGCCUAGUCGGCAUCCUUACUUAUCUGCUGCUCCACCUGGUCGAUGUCGCAAAGCCAAGCGAGCAGACGGCGAGACGACGAGAGCGGGCCGCGCCGCUGCUGAUCAGAUAAAAAAAAAAAAAAAAAAGGUAAGUUGAAGACGGCGGCAAAUGAAUUUUGAACACGUUAUGAAGACAUAGCUCCUUUUUUGUGCAGCGCAUGUACUGACACACCGCCUCGCUCCGCUUUCCCCGUGGUGUUAUCACUCUCUCAAUAUUACCCCCCCCCCCUCCCCAGAUCGGAGUUUUCCAUAGUGUGGUCUGUACAAACCAGACUCCAAGUGGUCCCUAAAGAAAGUGGAUAGUUUACAUUUUGAAACAAUUACAGAGUUGUCUUCAUAGAAGGUUGAACACCAGGAUUCAACAAAAUACCCCAAAGGUCAAGAAUGCUAGCACGUUUGCGCCUUCCUUAAUUUUCCUCCAAAACGUGGGUGAAUUUCCUCACGGUACAAAUCAUUCCUUGAGGCUUUCAGUGUACAAUGCGUUGUCAAAGUGAUUGACAGGCCUGUUGCUUUUGGAGAGUAGGUGGUCCGUAAGUGUUAUUGGCGUGAUUGGUAGUUUUCAUUCGCCCGCUGUCCUCCAGCGUUCAGCCAUUGUGGAAAGAACUUCAUUUUUACGCGCAAAUUAGCCUUAUCGCAUUGCGUAUAAUUGAAUUAAGGUGUCGUUUAAACGCGGCAAAUGAGCACAAACAAGCGCAAUCAAGACUUAGCAGAUUUUGAUGAUUGCUUAUGGAAUUUGUACUCCCCAAUUGACUCGAUGUGUGCGAUGCCGGGAGAAAGUAGUUCCGGCAGACGGACUGGCAGAAAUUGUCAAUUGACCCUUGAUUCCUCACAGGGGGGAGGGGGGGGGGGGGGUAUUCCAACUACCCCGGAGUGGCUCCAGAAGUCUUGAACGAGCCCAAGUCUUGGCUGUCAAAGGAGCCACUUUAUUCUUGAAUUCACUCGAGAGACUUUUUAUGUGCUUCCGUGCUUGCGGUUGUUUUGGGAAGAUGAUAAAUGGCAGUAAAGGCGCACGUCCAUGGGUGAAUAAUACAGUCUUGGAGCUCAGAUAAUUAGUCAAUACCCUGACGUUGACACAUGAGGUCUUCAACAUUCAUUCAAAAAAAAAAAAAUACAUAAAUAAUGAUUAAAUGUGUGAAUAAAAAUAAUUCCCCACAGUAGGUUGAGUAAAUGAUUUCAAAGGCCCAUCGUUAUGAUAUAGUACACUCAUCUGCAUCUUUUUUUUUAUCAGCAAAAUUGGGGUUUGUUUGUUUUUUAAUCCCCUUAAAAUGUGCAAAUCGGGCCUCUCAAUUUUGCUGACUCCGCCUAGCCUGAAUUUAACGCUAAUGAGGUGGACGGGAAGGGUCCUAAUGUCUACUAAUUAUCUCGGCGGUAGGGAAGACAAACUGAGCGGACAACCUCCCAGCGUUGGUUACAAGGUGUUCACUGAUUAAUUCGUUUUUUUUUUUUGUCCUCUGACGGAAGAUGGGCAAUACGACGGCUUAUGUACAUCUGCACUUGGAUCACCCAUUUCGAUGGCUUUGAGUUUUAAAACGGGGUUUACAAAAGAGAAAUUACAAAAAUACACUGCUACAAUAUUACCAACUCAACUAACGGUGAGUGCGGAGAGUACAUCGCAAGAGCCCAGUGCACGUACGAACUCAAUCUGAAAUUUCUCAGUGAGGCUUCUCGUCUUGGCUCUUAUGACUCCGUCCCACGAGCAGUGGCGUUGAUUAAUGUGUAACCUUUUGCGGCUCGGCCCGUGUAUGAUGUGCCUCAGACGGCCUUGAAAUGAGGAAAAAUGGGAAGAAGUGCCAAAAGUGGUCGAUCUGUGCCAACGUGCUGGGUGCAGCCUUUGCGCCAUCCACGCCGGCGGAUGAAGUGGCACGAAGCUCAUCCCGAAAGCCACAGCUUGGAUCUCAUCGCAGUGUUUGCUUUCAAGAAAUGGCAAUCAUGGGAUAGGAUCUCACUCACCUUGUGUUGUUGAUCACUUGACCUCCCGCGCCCUUUCUCUAGCAACAGCCUGCCUGCUGCGGUUUAAUUUGUGCAACAUUGCCCCCUUUUGUCUAUUCCAUCGUACGCCAUGUGAUGGGGGCGAUGCUGCUCGGUAGCAGAGUACAUCGAUUUAGAAGCAGCUUCUCCAGGCAAAUUAAACCACACGUGUGCAAUGCUACGUUUUUCUCUUUGAUUUGUUGAAAA